AUGUCUCUUCCCAUAGCUCCCAUAUCAGCCGCAGAACGUUCUUUCAUCCUUACAGGUCUUUCUCACCCUACACAUCCCACACGGUCUGACGGUCGACAACUCCUCUCUCCCCUCCCAAUUCAAAUCUCUUAUGGUGAGGCCCCCCAAGCUUCCGGUUCUGCCAGAGUAUGUAUUGGCUCCACAGAGGUCUUAGCUGGUAUAAGGUUAGAAGUGGAGGAUAUCCCUCUGGAAAGUAAGAAAGAUGCAUGGAGAGGGAGGGUAGAAGUGGAUGUAACACCACAAGCUUAUCCUAAUCUUGGGACUUCAGAUCUGAGUAGGCUGGCUAAUUCGUAUGCUGCUUUGAUAUCGGAUCAUUUUAUGCCGAGUGUGAAAGCUUUACCUAUAUUACCACCUACCAAAUACUUCAUACCCUACCUUCAUCUCACCCUCCUCUCUUCAUCCUCAGCAUGCAUCCCCACCGCACUCAUUUCAGCCGCCCGAGCUGCGUUCUGCGAUCUACGAAUACCAAUCACCAAGAGGAUAGGUUGGGAAGGCGUAGAAGGCGAUGUUGGAGCGGAGGUGGAAAAGGAUUUAUCCGGUAUCAAAGCUGCCGUGAGAGCGGGGAGGGGAGGGAAAGGCAAGAGUAGGGCUGUGGGACGGGGAGGGGAAGAGUGGGAUUUAGCAGGAGGGGAGAUUUUUCUGGAAGGUAGAGAAGAUUUACCGGUGUUGGUUGUUUUAAAUCUGAUUCCAAACUCUCAAGGACUCUUCCUCGAUGCUACUCCUCAAGAAGAAGCCGCAUGUCCAGAUCGUCUGUUACUAUACUUCAGACGUUCUGGCAAAUUAUGUGGUAUGCGUACAGAAGGCACGACCGGUCUUGAUUUAGAUAGAAUACGACCUUUAUUACUUGAAGGUAAACGGAUAGCCAUGGAAUUGAUAAAUAUUUUGAACGCUCAGAUGCCCAUAUGA